UCCUCACCAUUCCCAUAUGCUUUGCUCAAGUCCCCUUGCCUGUGACCUCUCAUCUGUCUACACUCCAGAAAAGGAUCACAGUAGGGUUCCUGAGGACUGCAUGGGGUACCCCAGCAUAUCUGUGCACUGGUGCCUGUCCAACUUUGUACCAGCUUUUCAGAGCCCCUCUUUCAAAUUUGUGGAUUAAUGCUAAAAUAUUGAUCCUAAAGCAAAUGUAUAUGCGACUCUGUGUCUCCUGAAUGUACAGAGAGAAUUGUGCAGGUGUUUCCAACCCAACCCAGUGUGGCCCACCAGACUGAAUGCAUUCCUCAGCUAUGUAUGGCAGUCUGUCAGAACCUAGAUCAGGGAGCCCAAAUUUAUGUUCACUGCCAUCCUUACAGGGUUUAGUUGGACUUUGGAGAGCCAAUGAACUAAGGAGAUUUUCCCCUUCCCAAUAGAUGUAGGGAGGAAAGCGGAGACACAUUUAUUGGCUUGCUAGAUAGAAGACUGAGAUGUACCUUGCAAGCAGUUUUUGAGUCUCAUGGCUAGAUCUUUUGGAUUUAGUGGGCCUUGGAAAACAGUGUUUCUUAAAUCCCUGGUGAGCCACAGUACAAGGUGGGAUGUGUUCAUUUAGUGGGGUGUGCAGACCUUUUUCAGAUGUUGGCUUUCCUCAGCAAGUCAUAGUCUUUCCAUGGAUGACCAGCAUAAUGACAUGCCAAACAUCCACAUGCGAGCAGGAAAUUGGGCCACUCUGCAUCCCAAUCACUGCUGGUCCAAAGGAGCAGCAACCAAGUUGGACAGAUGACUUGCCUCUCUGCCAGCUCUCCGGUGUGGGUUCAGCUCCUAACCGUUCCUAUACCACAGAUGGAAAGGGGACAGAAAUUCACCCCUUAGAGGAUAACUGGCUGAAAUUCAGGAGUGAAAAUGACUGCUACCUCUAUGGGGUCUUCAAUGGUUAUGAUGGCAACCGGAUCACCAAUUUUGUUGGGGAAAGACUCUCUGCAGAGCUCCUGUUGGGCCAGCUGAAUGCAGACCAUGAUGAUGGUGAUGUGCGCAGAAUACUGCUGCAGGCUUUUGAUGUGGUGGAAAGGAGUUUCCUGGAGUCCAUUGAUGAUGCACUAGCAGAGAAGGCCAGCCUCCAGUCCCAGCUGCCAGAGGGGGUGCCCCAUCACCAGUUGCCUUCCCAGUACCAGAAAAUCAUGGAACGGCUGAAGGCUGUAGAAAAGGAGAUCUCUGGAGGGGCCAUGGCUAUUGUGGCAGUCAUCCUCAACAACAAGCUCUACAUCGCCAAUGUAGGAACAAACAGGGCACUCUUGUGCAAAUCUACAGUAGACGGGUUGCAAGUGACACAACUCAACAUGGACCACACCACAGAGAAUGACGAUGAGCUCUUCCGCUUUUCGCAGCUGGGUUUGGAUGCAGCAAAAAUAAAACAAGUAGGAACCAUAUGCGGGCAGGAGAGUACCCGGCGCAUCGGGGAUUAUAAAGUCAAAUAUGGCUAUAGUGAUAUUGAACUGCUGAGUGCUGCGAAAUCUAAGCCAAUCAUAGCAGAGCCUGAAAUCCACGGAGGGCACCCACUCGAUGGAGUCACGGGCUUUCUGGUUCUGAUGUCAGAAGGGCUCUACAAAGCUCUGGAAGCAGCUCAUGGGCCUGGGCAAGCCAAUCAGGAGAUUGCAGCCAUGAUUGCCACAGAGUUUGCCAAACAAAGCUCACUGGAUUCCGUGGCUCAAGCAGUUGUGGAUCGAGUGAAGCGCAUUCACUGUGAUACAUACGCCAGCGGUGGGGAACGGUCCAAGUUCUGUGCUCGGCAUGAGGACAUGUCGCUGCUGGUGAGGAAUUUCGGGUACCCGCUGGGUGAGAUGAGCCAGCCCACACUGACUCCGACGCAAGGAGGUCGAGUUUAUCCUGUGUCGGUGCCGUACUCCAGUGCCCAGAACACAAGCAAGACCAGCGUUACGCUAUCCCUUGUCAUGCCAUCCCAGGGUCAGAUGGUCAACGGCGCCCACAGUAGCUCCACGUUGGAUGAAGCCACACCCACCCUCACAAAUCAAAGCCCAACAGUGACCCUCCAGUCUACCAACACUCACACCCAGAGUAGUAGCUCCAGCUCAGAUGGGGGCCUCUUCCGUUCUCGCCCUUCCCACUCCCUCCAGCCGGAUGAAGAUGGGCGUGUGGAGCCCUACGUGGACUUUGCAGAAUUCUACCGCCUCUGGAACAUGGACCACAGUGAGCAGGGAGCACUCACCGUGCAAUAAUGCGCAGAGACCAAUCCCUCCGAACCCCUUUCAGAUGGGGGGAAAUGGAGCCUGGCAAGGCAGGAACAGUUCACCGCCCGACAGCCCACCUUCUGCCAUUAAGGGAUGAGGUUAAUGCUGGGACUGGUCGCUCAUAGCAUUUGUUUCUUUUCAACUUGUCAGGGCAUGUUAACACGUCCCUUUUCUAAAGGUCCCUUCCACUGUGAAACCUUGUGGGCAUUAGAGAGGGUUGUGACCAACCUCUCCUGCACCUCCAGUAUUACAGACAGCUGCUCUGUUGCGGAGAAGAUGACAACUCAGAUGUCUGGCAGGAGAGGUACUUUGUGUACAUAUAAGCUGCUGCUGGAGAUUUAGGUGUGCCUCAUGAUACUGAUGUGUUAAGUCGACGAAAGAUACCUCUGUUCUGCAGAAUAAAUGGUAACUUAUAGCAAAUGCUCUGGCCUUUUAUGUGAUGUGAGUUUAAGAAAUGGUAUUAACCUCAGCUACCUAAGUUUUUAGUUGCCUUUGGGGCCCAAGACCUAGAUGGAACAGGGCGGGCAGGCAGACACAAACAUGCACAGACA